AUGCAACCAGCCACCAACAAAGCCGUCCUGCUGAUCGGCCUCACAACCAUUUCAUCUCUUCGCUUCGGAGCUGUCGCCGUCUUCUGCUGCGGCCUCUGCUCAUUCAUGCAUGUGGCUACACAAUUACGACUGGAAAUGCAAUUUGAUCCCAACGCACACGAGGACCAUAUGGAAUUGACCACACAUUUCUUCUUCUCAAACAACAAUGCUGUCCUGUUGCAUCCACGAUCCAUUCCACGCCGCCGCUGUAGAUGUGCGCGACAUCUCAAUCGGUUACAACACCCGCCGGCUCCCCUUGACCAAGUAAACCGUCGACUUCAUCGCCGGCACCUGAAAGACAAGCAGCUACGGCAGUAG